AUGGACAUGGCCAAUGACACCACCCCAGAUGGCUUCAUCCUUCUGGGCUUCUCAGAUAACCCCAGGUUGGAAAUUACUCUCUUUAUGGUUGUGUCCAUCUUCUACACGGUCACCCUAGUGGGCAACAUCACCAUUAUACUUUUGUCCCACAUAGACUCUCAUCUCCAAACCCCCAUGUACUUCUUCCUCACCCAGCUCUCCUUCCUGGACCUUUGCUUCACCACCAGCUGCAUUCCCCAGAUGCUGGUCAACCUCUGGGGCCCAGACAAGACCAUCAGCUACCUGGGAUGUGCAGCUCAACUCUACAUCUUCCUGGGGUUGGGUGCUGCGGAGUGUGUCCUGCUGUUGGUCAUGGCUUUUGACCGCUACAUAGCAGUGUGUCGGCCCCUGCACUAUGUGGUCAUUAUGCACCCAAAGCUGUGCCAGAAGCUGGUGCUCCUGGUCUGGGUGUGCGGGAUUUUUGGCACCUUGGUGCAUUCCCCCACCACAAUGAAGCUGCCCUUCUGCCAUCACCACCAAGUGGAUGACUUUGUAUGUGAAGUUCCUGCAUUGAUCCGCCUGGCCUGUGGAGACACACGCACCAAUGAACUUCAGAUAUCAGUGAUUGGGGCCAUCUUCCUGAUGGUGCCGCUACUGCUCAUCCUUGUCUCCUACAGCCACAUUGCCAAGGCAGUACUGGCCAUCCAGUCCCAACAGGGAAGGAUCAAGGCCUUCCACACCUGCUCUUCCCACCUGGUGGUUGUCUUCCUCUUCUACUGCAGUGUCACUGCAGUCUACAUCCAGCCCCGGAGCCAUUUUUCCAAGAAAGGAGGGAAAUUCCUGACUCUUUUCUAUACUGUGGUGACUCCUACUCUCAACCCCCUUGUCUACACCUUGAGGAACAAGGAUGUGAAGGGGGCUCUCAAGAGGCUAUUUGGGAAAGACGAAAUGGCUAGUGAGGACUGA